AUGCAGAUCUUCGUGAAAACUUUAACAGGAAAGACCAUCACCUUGGAUGUAGAGUCAUCCGACACGAUUGAAAAUGUAAAAGCUAAAAUACAAGAUAAAGAAGGUAUUCCCCCCGAUCAGCAAAGACUCAUUUUCGCCGGAAAACAAUUAGAGGACGGAAGAACCUUGUCCGACUACAACAUCCAAAAGGAAUCCACCUUACACUUAGUCUUACGUUUACGAGGUGGUAUGCAAAUUUUUGUGAAGACCCUAACGGGAAAGACCAUCACCUUGGAUGUAGAGUCAUCCGACACGAUUGAAAAUGUAAAAGCUAAAAUACAAGAUAAAGAAGGUAUUCCCCCUGAUCAGCAAAGACUCAUUUUCGCCGGAAAACAAUUAGAGGAUGGAAGAACCUUGUCCGAUUACAACAUCCAAAAAGAAUCCACCUUACAUUUAGUCUUACGUUUACGAGGUGGUAUGCAAAUUUUUGUAAAAACCCUAACGGGAAAGACCAUCACCUUGGAUGUAGAGUCAUCCGACACGAUUGAAAAUGUAAAAGCUAAAAUACAAGAUAAAGAAGGUAUUCCCCCUGAUCAGCAAAGACUCAUUUUCGCCGGAAAACAAUUAGAGGAUGGAAGAACCUUGUCCGAUUACAACAUCCAAAAAGAAUCCACCUUACAUUUAGUCUUACGUUUACGAGGUGGUAUGCAAAUUUUUGUAAAAACCCUAACGGGAAAGACCAUCACCUUGGAUGUAGAGUCAUCCGACACGAUUGAAAAUGUAAAAGCUAAAAUACAGGACAAGGAAGGUAUUCCCCCUGAUCAGCAAAGACUCAUUUUCGCCGGAAAACAAUUAGAGGAUGGAAGAACCUUGUCCGAUUACAACAUCCAAAAAGAAUCCACCUUACAUUUAGUCUUACGUUUACGAGGUGGUAUGCAAAUUUUUGUAAAAACCCUAACGGGAAAGACCAUCACCUUGGAUGUAGAGUCAUCCGACACGAUUGAAAAUGUAAAAGCUAAAAUACAAGAUAAAGAAGGUAUUCCCCCUGAUCAGCAAAGACUCAUUUUCGCCGGAAAACAAUUAGAGGAUGGAAGAACCUUGUCCGAUUACAACAUCCAAAAAGAAUCCACCUUACAUUUAGUCUUACGUUUACGAGGUGGUAUGCAAAUUUUUGUAAAAACCCUAACGGGAAAGACCAUCACCUUGGAUGUAGAGUCAUCCGACACGAUUGAAAAUGUAAAAGCUAAAAUACAAGAUAAAGAAGGUAUUCCCCCUGAUCAGCAAAGACUCAUUUUCGCCGGAAAACAAUUAGAGGAUGGAAGAACCUUGUCCGAUUACAACAUCCAAAAAGAAUCCACCUUACAUUUAGUCUUACGUUUACGAGGUGGUAUGCAAAUUUUUGUAAAAACCCUAACGGGAAAGACCAUCACCUUGGAUGUAGAGUCAUCCGACACGAUUGAAAAUGUAAAAGCUAAAAUACAAGAUAAAGAAGGUAUUCCCCCUGAUCAGCAAAGACUCAUUUUCGCCGGAAAACAAUUAGAGGAUGGAAGAACCUUGUCCGAUUACAACAUCCAAAAAGAAUCCACCUUACAUUUAGUCUUACGUUUACGAGGUGGUAUGCAAAUUUUUGUAAAAACCCUAACGGGAAAGACCAUCACCUUGGAUGUAGAGUCAUCCGACACGAUUGAAAAUGUAAAAGCUAAAAUACAGGACAAGGAAGGUAUUCCCCCUGAUCAGCAAAGACUCAUUUUCGCCGGAAAACAAUUAGAGGACGGAAGAACCUUGUCCGAUUACAACAUCCAAAAGGAAUCCACCUUACACUUGGUCUUACGUUUACGAGGUGGUUUUUAA